UAGCUUCUUUCUGAGAGGUCCAAGGGAACAUGCUAGCGUGGUGUGACUGUAGUAGGUGUAUUGAUGUGUUAACAAAAACCCAGGUGAGGUGCUAAGGAUACUUAUCUGUCCCCCUAGUGCUGAAUAAAGACAUCACCACCUGCAGGACCUCAACCAUCACAGGAACACUGAAGCGUCCAUCACUGCCAGAUGAAGAGAAAUUGAAACUCAAUCACCAGAAGGGGUCAUCAAACUUUAACAGUCUUCCAGCCAACGUCUCCAAGAUGCAUCUUCAGGGCUCACCACACUACCUGGGGGCCAUCAACCUGAAUGAGUUCAGCAAUCACAGUCUCACUCUGAAGAAGGAUAAGAACCAACCACCUAAGUCCAUCUACAUCUGUGAUGGAGACAUCUUCAAGAAGUUGGACUCCGAACUCUCCCGGGCACAAGAGCAAACGCUGGACACCAGCUACGUCAUUCUGCCUACCAACACGUCUACCUUAAGGGCCAAACCACCCAAAGAUGAGAGCAAAUACAGCAUCAAUAUUGACCAGAUGCCCCAGACACGGCUCAUCCACCUCAGUAUGGCUACUGAUCCAGGCUUUGUUGUCAAGAGUCCUCCACGGGAGCCUGUGACCAUGACAUGCAGUGAAGUGCAAGGUUCCCCCAUGAUACAACAGCAGCAGCAGCUGGCUCCACAAAAUAUCUCCAACGAGUCACAGAUUCCCAACAGCCUGUGUGACACAGGUGACUCAGGGAACUCGGGUGUGGUGUCCAAGAGUGAGACUGUCUCCACCCUCUCCAUGAGCUCCUUAGAGAGGCGGAAAUCCCGGUACGCAGAGCUAGAUUUUGAGAAAAUCAUGCACACAAGAAAACGUCACCAAGACAUGUUCCAAGACCUGAACAGAAAACUCCAGCACGCAGAGAAGGAGAAGGAGUCUCCAACAACGGACAGCAAGCAAGAAAAACAGCAGACACCAAACAAGAGACCCUGGGAAGGAAUCAGGAAAGUCCAGUCCCCACCAUCAUGGGUUAAAAAGGACAUGGAACCCGUGGCACAGUCUCCCCUAGAACUAAAAACUGUAGAGUGGGAGAAAACAGGGGCCACCAUUCCCCUGGUGGGACAAGACAUUAUUGACCUUCAGACAGAGGUCUGAGCGGAAAGGGAAGAAAGGGACUUUUUUUUUUCCGGAAAAAAAACCGAAACAAACAAAACAAAACCACGUUUUAAAGAAAUGAUUAAAUUAAAUCGGAACCGAGCGAGACAAGUGUUUGGUUUCUUUUGAAACCUUUGGUAAGACGGAAUAACUUUUGUAUUGUGCUCAGCAGAGAGGGGGGAAUAUUACUUUAUAGAGUAUAGUAGCUGUAGGUUCAGGACAACACGAGCUUUCCCAGGUAGGACUGGAGAAGAAGUGAACCUGGAAGAGAGCAAGG